AUGAUUGUCACAAUAAAAAAGACACCCCAAAAACCUCCAUCCAUCCCGCCUUCACUCCCCGUCCACCGUUUCUACCACCGUCUUUCUAAAAAGCACGACUCGAUCUUCUCCCUCUACCUCGGGUCUCAGCUCUUUGUGAUGGUUUCAUCUUCAGUUGUUGCUGAGGAAUGCUUCACCAAAAACGACAUAGUUUUAGCCAGCUGUUCCAAGUUGAUCACGGGGAAAUACUUUAGCUGCAAUUACACCACAGUUUCCACCUCGUCUUACUGUUGUCAUUGGCGCAACUUACACCGGCACCAUCGAAAUUUUCUCCUCGAGUCGUCACAACGCUUUCAUCACCAUUCAAAAAGAGGAGGUACGGGGAAGAGGUAUUACGUAGACAAAGUGAGGGGUGAAGAUGAAGCGAGAGAGUUCAGGGAAGUUAUAACGGAGACGUUUAGGAAUGCCGGCAUGACUAAUCGUGCGGAUUUCUUGCUAGUUUUAAAUUGGUUAGGAGGAUACAAAAAGAAAGAGAAAAAGUUAGAUGGAUUGCUGCAAAAGUUGGUCGACGAGCGUCGAUGGAUGAAGCUAAAAAAUAAUAACAAUGGUAGUGUGGUUGAUCACCUUCUUAACUUGCAACAAUCUGAUCCUCAUUACUAUACUGGUGAAUCAUUAAAGAGCUCAUGCUGGUCAGUUGAAAUCUUCUUCUUUCUCUUCAAGUUUCGUUGUUUUCAAGAAUAA